AUUAUGAGACUUUAGUCGUUGAGUUGAUGGCAAGGCCCAAGGUGUGCGCAUCCACAGCGGAAAAUCUUUUGUGAACGAACUUCUCCCUCUCGGCGUCUCGUCAUGUACUGCAGCAGCCGCCUGCUCAGAUACAUUUUGUGUGUCAUCAGCGUGAUUUGUGCUGUGGGUGGCUGCCUGCUCAUCUGGUAUGGCGCCUGGCUGCUGGAGAGUCUCGAGGAUCAGCAGCGCGUCGGAGUGCUGGAUCAUGGCGAGCAGCUGGCCGCUGUGCUGUGCAUCCUCCUGGGCUGUGUCAUUAUUCUGACGAGCAUCUUUGGCUGUGUGGCUUUGGGCAGGGACUCCCGCACCAUGUUGAUUUGUCAUGCCGUGCUGUUGGUUGUGCUGCUCGUGGUGCAAUUUGUUUUCUUCAGCAUUAGCUUUGCGGCCAGUCGGGACACGCUGCCAGACACGCUGCGGCAGGGCUUCGAUGAUCUUUGGGAUCCGCAGCAUGCGGGGAAUAGCAGCCUGAACACCUACGAGCAGUGGCUACACUGCUGUGGCCGCAACAGCGCCGAGGACUACAUCCAUUUGGACAAGGAGCUGCCUGUGAGCUGCUGCCUCGAUUUGGACUGCACCAAGCCCUUGAAUCUCUUCAUGACUGGCUGUGAGCUGCAGUUCAAGGAUUAUCUCAGCGCCAAAACGGCGAAUUUUCAUUCGCUCAGUUGGUUUCUAAUGCUCACAGAGUUUGCUGGCUCCGUGACCACCUGCUACCUGGUGGACAGCAUACGGAACCAUCGCGAUCGUGUACGAUUCUAUAAUUAAAUCGAAUAAUUCUCGAA